AUGCCGAACCUCUUCCUGAUACUCGGUACUCUGCAACUGUCUGCUAGUGCACAACAAGAAUCGUUGCCACAGUGUCAAUGUAUUCCUCCACGCACUGGGACACACGAAUGUCAACAAUACGAUUCACGAUAUCAAGCUGCAACGCUUGAGGAGGCAAUGGCAUCAUUCCCUGAUCUGUCCCUGAAUCAGGAUGAUACGGGACAUCUCACCACAUUGCAAAGUGAAGCCACCUGCCAAACACAGGAAUGCCUGGAUUGUCAGAAGGAUCUACGGAAGAAACUGGAAAGGGUAGGAUUGAUGGCUGCAACCAUAGACAGUGUCAUCCAAGCGCAAAAUACAACCAGUACAUGCAAAAAGUAUAGAUUUGCUAGGAAGGAUGAGGGAGUGUACGAGAAAAAUUUGGACCACGAUAACGAUGAUGACGAUGAUAGUGACGAUAGUAGUUCGGAUGAAGACGAGAAGAAGAAGAAGAAAAAAUGGGAAGAAGCAAGAAUGAACAUGAAACAAGCGAAUCCAAAAAUCUUCUUCUCACGAUAUUCACAUCGUCACAAGAGGCAAAUGCCGGAAUCAACUAUCGAUCCUACCACCGGGCAGACAAUAGUUGGAGAACGAUUCGUUCUAUCUUGUUCUUCCAAAGGAGUCACUACAGACACCAGUGGUACGGUAUCGCUUUGCUCUUCUUGUUGGAUAUGGAGGCGCUUGCCUAGUAACUACUCUCCGCAGUACAUAAACGAACUUGUCUGUGACGCUACCGACAGCAACUGCUUAAGCGGAUACGCCACAUGUGGAAUUGGACACCGAACGAUUGAGGUAGUCCGCAACGACAGCGGUACACUGACUACCGUAGCGCUUAGCGCCGGAUCGUACUGCGAAUGUCGUGUAGCGGUCAACUCCGCCAUUCAAUCUCUCGUCACGGGUGCAGGACUGCAAGCUACGCUGCCAGCACUCAAUUCUACUCCCGUUGGCAAAUGA